GUUGGGGGGAGCCUGGGCACAGAGAUGGAGGGAUGGAGCAGUCCACCCCCUUAAGGAUGUAAUUGAAGUCCUGCAAUCUUGGUUGCUAUGGGGAUGCUCUGAGAGGAAGUAAGUCCUAGUAACGUCCUGCCGGGUGUGAGGAGGGAGGACACAGGCGAAAGGUACCAAUGGCUACAGAUUCCGGCGAGCCGGCCAGCACGGAGGAUCCGGAAAAACCUGAUGGAGUUUCUCUGGAGGGCAGGAUCCCAACCAUCGAAGCCGCUUUGAUCAUGGAACCCGCCGGCGCCCCGGCCUCUGGGGGCACCACGGAACGGAAGCGGUUCUUCCGCAAGAGCGUGGAGAUCAUGGAGGAGGACAGAACCGCUGAGCCGUCUCCCAGGGAUGAGCGGGAGCAGCUGGCCGCGGGCAGUCGCCGAGUGGACCAGCUCUCUGCCAGCAUGCUGGGGCAGGAGGCCCGGAAUGAGCUGGGUUCCAAGGCGAUUUCGGAGGCCUCCAAGGAGAAGACCAAGAAGGAGAUCGAAGAGGAGGCGGAGAUGAAAGCAGUGGCGACCUCGCCCAGCGGCCGCUUCCUGAAAUUCGAUAUCGAGUUGGGUCGAGGGGCCUUUAAAACUGUCUUCAAAGGGCUCGACACAGAGACGUGGGUCGAGGUAGCCUGGUGUGAACUGCAGGACAGGAAGCUAACCAAAGCGGAACAGCAGAGGUUUAAGGAAGAAGCAGAGAUGCUAAAAGGCCUACAGCAUCCGAACAUCGUCCGGUUUUACGAUUCCUGGGAGUCCACGGUGAAGGGGAAGAAAUGCAUUGUGUUGGUCACUGAGCUGAUGACGUCUGGCACCUUAAAGACGUACUUAAAGCGAUUCAAAGUCAUGAAGCCGAAGGUCCUGAGGAGCUGGUGCCGACAGAUCUUGAAAGGGUUGCAGUUCCUCCACACCCGGACCCCGCCCAUCAUCCACCGGGACUUGAAAUGCGACAACAUCUUUAUCACGGGACCCACGGGUUCGGUGAAGAUCGGCGACCUGGGCCUGGCCACCUUGAUGCGCACAUCGUUUGCCAAGAGCGUCAUUGGCACCCCCGAGUUCAUGGCCCCGGAGAUGUAUGAAGAGCAUUACGACGAGUCGGUGGACGUGUAUGCUUUCGGGAUGUGCAUGCUGGAAAUGGCCACCUCCGAGUACCCCUACUCCGAGUGCCAGAACGCCGCCCAGAUCUAUCGCAAAGUCACCAGCGGCAUCAAACCCGCCAGCUUCAACAAGGUGACUGACCCGGAGGUGAAAGAGAUCAUCGAGGGCUGCAUCCGGCAGAACAAAUCCGAAAGGUUGUCCAUCAAAGACCUUUUGAACCACGCCUUCUUCGCGGAGGACACGGGGCUGCGGGUGGAGCUGGCGGAGGACGAUGACGGGCUGAGCUCUUCUCUGGCCUUGAGGCUUUGGGUGGAAGACCCCAAGAAGCUGAAGGGGAAGCACAAGGACAACGAAGCCAUUGAGUUCAGUUUCAACCUGGAGUCGGACAUCCCCGAAGAAGUGGCGUGCGAGAUGGUGAAAUCCGGAUUCUUCCACGAAAGCGACUCCAAAGCGGUGGCCAAGUCCAUCCGGGACCGUGUGGCCCUGAUCAAGAAGACCCGAGAGCGGCGGCAAGCCAGCUGCCUGGAGGAACAGCGGGAGGCCCAGUGCAAGGCAGCCAGCGGGGCCCUGCUGCCCCAGGGCGUCUCGCUGACUGGCCUGGCCCAGCCGGCGGGCGCCGAGUGGGAGGAGACGGAGGUGGACCAGCACGUCCGGCAGCAGCUGCUUCAGCAGACUCAGCACCAGUCAUCCGUGGCGGCUGAGAGCCUGUCGGAGAAGAGCGUUGGGUCGGUGAUUCUAUCGGAUGCCCCCAGACAGCACAGCCUGGCCUACUCGGAGCAGGCGAUGGGCGGCCUCCCGCAGGCCUCCAUCCUCCCACCGGUGGAAGCCGGCCUUCAGGGACAUCUCUACCCGUCGCAGCCGCUGAUGGGACACUAUCAGCAGAUUGCCGGGGUGCAGCAGCAGAACCUGGGCCACCUGCGGAUCUUACCCCCAGCUCUGCCCACCCACAGCUUAGCUCCGCCGGCAGCUCCCCAGCCCCAGGUCUCGCCUGUUGCGGUCCCGCAGCUCACGCAGAUGAUGCACCUCGAGUCGCAGCUGCCCUACGGGGCCGAGGGGCAGGCGCUGGAGCCGUCGGUCAUGGCGGUGCCCCAGGCCAUCCUGGCAGGUGCCUCUCCCCAGGCCAUGCCGGGGGCCAGCACCCAGCUGGACUCCACCACCAGGACCGGGAGUCAGACGGCCACCGCCGCUGCAGCCGAGGUCGACCCGGCGUCUGGCUUCCUGGCCCUCGCUCACAGCCUGGCACCGCAGAACCAGCCCUCGGCCCAGUUUGUUGGGAAUGUGCAGGGGAUGGCCCAACACCUGCCUGCUUCCUUGGCUGGGCAGCCAGGGGCACCCCUGCAGCAGCCGCAGCAAAUUCCUCAGCAAACUGUACCCACCCAGCAGAUCCCAGCCAUGCAGCAACUGCAGCAGGUUCCUGGCAUGCAGCAGUCCCAGCGGGUGGUGCCCAUGCAGCAACCGCAGCAAAUUCCUCAACAGACUACACCGAUGCAGCAGGUUCCCGGCAUGCAGCAGGUUGCAUCGAUGCAGCAGGUUCCUGGCAUGCCGCAGCAGGUUGCACCGCAACCCCAGCUGGUUGCGCCCAUGCAGCAGCCCCCGCAGGUUCCCGCCAUGCAGCCGCCCCAGCAGGUGGUGCCCAUGCAGCAGCCGCAGCAGGUGGUGCCCAUGCAGCAGGUUCCCGCCAUGCAACAGCCGCAGCAGGUGGUGCCCAUGCAGCAGCUGCAGCAAAUUCCUCAACAGACGGUGCCCAUGCAGCAGGUUCCCGCCAUGCAGCAGCCGCAGCAGGUUGCACCAAUGCAGCAACCCCAGCAGGUUCCCGCCAUGCAGCAACCCCAGCAGGUUCCCGCCAUGCAGCCGCCCCAGCAAUAUGCCGUAAUUCAGCCAGACUCCUUACUGCAGCCUUCCCUGGCCCAGGCAGCGCAGCCCAUGCAGCUGCAGCCGCCGCAGUUUGUGCUGCACGGGGGAGCCCUAGAGCAGACGCAGGGGCUGCUGGUGCAGGAGCCGGAGCAGCAGGUGGAAAGUGUGUGUCCUGUCCCGGCCCCGGAGCAGCUGGCUUACCCGCUGCAGGCCCCGUACCAGCUGCAGCCGGCAGAGCCAGUGGUGUACAUGUACCCGGAGCCGCCGGGGUACCCGGGGCAGCCUCCGUUCCGGGCGGAGCCGGUGGCGUUUCUGAGCCAGCUGGCAGAUCUGCAGCAGCCAGCCUUCCCGCCGUCUCCCGGGGCGCUGAGCCAGGAGGCCAGCAGCGAGCAGAUGCCCCCGGCGCUCUCCCAGCAGAACGGCAGUGGCUUGGGGCACGCCCUGGCACAAGGGCCGGGCGAUGGGCAACAAGCAGCGUUGCCGCCGGUCCCGUUCCUCCCGCCGCAGCCCUCGGCUUUCGCGCCUCCCCCGAUGCAGCCGGCUCCUCUCCAGCCACAGCCGCUCCUGGCCACAGUCCCCGCCUUGCUCCAGACCCUGUCGCCCAGGCCGGAGCAGCUGCAGCCGCCCUCCUCGGAACAAGCCUAUGGAGCGCAGCAGCCAGCGGUGCAGAUCCCCGAGCAGCCAGCCUACGUCCUGUUAGCGGCAGAGUCGGGGGCGUACCAGAGUCCGGCGGCCAGCCCCCUGCUCACCGCCUCCCCGCAGCCCGCCCUGAGCCCCCAGCCGCACCAACAGCACAGGCCGGGGCUGGAGCAGGUUUCCCAGCCUGCCUCGGGGCCGGAGCCCCAGAUCGCUGCUCCAAAGCCAGACUUCCCGCAAGGGCUAAAUCCGGAGCUGGCCACUCUGAAGGAAAGCUCCAACGCACACGAGCCCACGAGCGGCAACGGCAAACAAGACAGAAGUAAACAGAGGCGGGCGUCCUGCCCCCGGCCGGACAAAGGGACCAAAUUCCAGCUCACAGUCCUGCAGGUGUCCACGGCUGGGGAUAACAUGGUCGAGUGCCAGCUGGAGACCCACAAUAACAAGAUGGUCACCUUCAAGUUUGAUGCCGAUGGAGACGCGCCUGAGGAUAUUGCUGAUUACAUGGUGGAAGAUAACUUUGUGCUGGAGAGCGAGAAGGAGAAGUUUGUGGAGGAGCUGAGAGCCAUUGUGUGCCAAGCUCAGGAGAUCCUCCGAAGCCUGCCGGUGGAAGAGCGAGCAUCUGGCAACGAUUCUGUUCCCUCCGAGUCCAACAGCAGCCAAACAGGGUCGUCCGAGCAAGUUCAGAUAAACCCUGCCUCCGGUCAGACGGGCAACGAGUGCGCUCCUCAGUCCUCUCCAGUCGGCCGCUGGCGAUUCUGCAUCAAUCAGACAAUAAGGAACAGAGAGGGGCAGACACCGGCUGUUCCCGUUACAGGUCCGGACAAGGAGAACGCUAAGGAGACGUGUCCCCAGGGUGAGCCACUGGCUGCCGAGAGCCAGGGUCCCAAUGCCAGCCCAAAGGACAGCGCGGCACCGGAGUGCCCCGGCUUGAAAUGCGAGGGGCUGGCGGAAGGAGACGCAGAGAAGCUAGUGCCUCUCACUGCCAAUGACAACUGGGCUGGGCCGGAGACGGGAGAGCCCCCUGCCCCACAGCCUGGCGACUGCCCUCUCGGCUUGGCGGUGGCGCCCGCUGGCGAGCCACCCCUCCUGACCGAGGACCCAGCGUCCGAGCGCCAGUCCCAGCACACUCCACAAGAAGGAGAUGCCUCUCCGAGCUCCAAGGCCGGGCAGGCCCAGACGCCCGGCUCGGAACCGGUCCCGCUGCCUCCCUCGGUGCCAGAAUCUGACGGCGAGGGGCCGCCCAAGAUGGAUUUUGUCGACAACCGAAUCAAAACCCUGGACGAGAAGCUAAGGACGCUGCUCUACCAAGAGCACAGCUACUCCGAGAGCCAGAAGGACACGCAGAGCACGGAGUCCCCACUCUCCUCGGCCGAGGAUACGCUGUCCUGUACCGGGCUGGAAGCGCCAGCCGUCGGACCCUCCCUAGGAGCGCCAGGGAGCCCGGCGGAGUCCCAGGGGACCGACACCUCCGAGGGGUCUCCACUGCCGCCCCCCGAGCCUGCCAGCCAGCCUGCCGGCUCGCCCGCGCUGAGCCAGGACCCCGACGUCAUCACAGUCGCACCCAGGGAACUCUGUCUGCAUGAGCCGUCCCCGGAGCCUUCCUCCCCGCCGAACCCCGAGGCCUGCCCUGCUGCGGUGGCCAGCGUCGGAGCCGUUCAUCUGCAGACAGGAGCGGAGGCAGAGGAGACGAGGACAGAGGGGCCUGCCGAGCAGGCCGGGCAGAACGAAGCCAGUGGGAGAUGGAGAUCGGCUUCGAUGUCCUAUCAGCGAGGCCGCUUCCAGGUCACCACCGUGCCGCAGCAGCCAGCUCCCCGCGCAGCAGACGCCGGGCCUGACGCCGCUGGGGCGGAGGAGCGUCAGACGGACGAUCCAGGCACCCCCCCGCCGGGAGAGUCACUCCCAUGGGCCAGCCCGGCCUGUGACACAGACACCUCUUCCCUCACCCCGGAGCGGGAGCCGGAGGAGCUGUCGGCCACGGGAAGCAGCACGGAGCCGUGGGCCGAGGGGUCCGUCCGAAGGCAGGCCAGCUCCGAUAGCGAGCUGGGGCCUGAGGAGUCGGGGGAGACCCUGGGGUCCGGCAGGGAGCGGCGCCCCCCGGCGCCCGAGGACCGCGCCUGCCACGGGGCCAAGCGCCGCAGCUCCCUCUUCCUCUCGGCCUCCUCGCCCAUGAGCAGCGACGACGAGUCCGAGCUCGAGGACGAGGACCUGAAGGUGGAGCUGCAGCGGCUGCGGGAGAAACACGUCCAGGAGGUGGUGACGCUCCAGGCCCAGCAGAGCCGGGAGCUGCAGGAGCUGUACAAACGCCUGCAUGCCCUCAAAGACAGCAAGCCCGAGCUGUCGGAGCUGUCCCUGCAGCCCACCUCCCCCCGCCGGCCUCGCUCCUUCAAAAGCAAACUGCGCGUCCGGCCCCCGGUCCUGACGCACGCCGAGAACUGUAUCGUCACAACCGAGUGCUGCUGCACGACCACCGCCGCCUCCAUGAUUGACUAUCACCUGAGCAUCCAGGCCCGCCUGCUGCAUCAGAGCUGCGCCCCGGGGGAGCCCAGCCCAGAGCAGCUGUGCGUCGUCAGCGGCGCUGCCUCCUGCCAGCAGUCCCCGGUCAGCAAGAAGGGGAUGUUCACCGACGACCUGCACAAGCUGGUGGACGACUGGACUAAGGAGGCCGUCGGGAACGCGCUUCUGAAACCAAGCCUGAACCAGAUCAAACAGAACCAGCACCGGCUGGAUGGGGACAGCUGGAGCAAAGCCUGUGAGAACACAUCGGCGUCGGUGGGCUACAGCUCCACCUGGAUUUCCUCCCUCUCCCAGAUCCGCGGGACUGUGCCGGCCUCCUUGCCCCCCGGCCUGGCCCUCCCGGCUUUCCCCAGUGUCCUGCCGCCCUACGGAGUGCCCCACGCCUGCCAGUACAAUGCCAUGGCAGGGGCGGCGUACCCAGUGCAGUGGGGGGGCGUUUCGGGGCUGGCUCAGCAGUCGGUGGUCGUCCCCUCCCCGCCUGUCGGACCCUUCCAGCCAGGGGGCAGCAUGCUGGGAUUCCCGGCCUCCCCGGUCCCUAACCCAGCUACCAUCCCGCCUGGUCCCAAAUGAAGCCGGAGCAGGGAGCUGGAGGCAAAACUCCCCCGUCGUGGCCUGCAAACCGUGUGGAGAUGCUCAGUCUGCCAGCGGAGGCGAUUUGUCUCGGCUAACAAUGGCUUGUGGCUCGGUUCCUAUCCUCCCGGAAUACUUGAUUUGAUUUGCAUUUUGUAACCAGCUUUGGAGAGCUCGGCUCCUGCGUCUCAUGCCCCCGAGACGUGAUGGCUUCGAAAAGAAACCUCCGUUUCACCCCUCUCUGGCGGAGAAGCUGUCCGCCUGCAUCUUCUCAAUGGCAGCCGUGAUGGUGGGAAGGAGUUUCUGAUUUGGUUUUUAAGUUAGUUGAUGGAAAAAGGGCUCCUAGAACUCACGUUGGUUUGAGCCGCGGCCGGGAAGUUUAGAAAGAAAAAAUGUUUUGCUCAGUGCAGCUAGGUUCUGCCGAGUUCUAAAGAGCCUCCUUCCAAGCCUGAGCCAGGGGGAUUGGGGUUUCCUUGAUCUCACCAAUACUGUCGCUGGGUCGGGAACAUCCUUGACCAAUUCAGGGCAGCUCCAUGCAAAGCAUCUAUUUCCUUGUUCCUCGUACGCACACUUCUUUGAUUUGAGCAGCUGAGAGAUGCUUGGGGAGUUGUGUGUUUCCUGUUGAAAUGAGCUCUGGUUUGGUUAUUUUUGCAGAGUGGGGGGAGUUGCUGGGAGGGGGCUAUUUUAAAUCUCUUCCAAUCUGAGUCACCCAAUCUGGGACACAGAUUUGGAGGUGCAAAAUUAGACACGGACACAGGGCUGUGCGCACCUCGGUGCUGCAGUGAAUUGGGCCCUACCCAAACCCUGUGCUUUUCCAGCCGCCCUCGUUUUGAAAAGCCAGCCUUUCGGAAGCACUGGCUCCCAAUGUUAUUCUGUCUUAGGCACAUUUGAAAAUACUGCCUCAAGGCCCAUUUUCGAAAGGGACUUUUCCGGAUUUUCAAAGGUAGAAGCAGUUUAGCGGCUUAACUCAUUGAUUUCAAUCGAAUUUAGCUGCCUAACCUGCUUUGUGACUGUGCCGGUAGGCGCCUGUUUGCAUCUUUACGCUCCUAAAUACCUUUGAAAAUCAGCUCCUAUGUCUCUUUUGAAAAUGGCCCUUCUGAAAAUUUCAUCCUGUGUCAUCCUGGCUUUGAUCUAAUAGCUCAUAUCUGGCCCCUUUUGGGCUCUGAACUAUUAAGCCCAGCAACCCGAACAACAUCGGGGUCCCGCACACACUCGACUUGGCUCUAUGAUUUGGAGAACAUUCAAAGCCGCUCACUUUCAGUGGAUUUGUUUCUUUUCACUAUUCUUUCCCUUUGCAGCCGGCCUCCGAGGCCGGGGGUUGUAGACGAGCAUGUCCCGAUGGCCGCCCUGCUGUGCUAUGCUAGGAGGGAGCUUUCACAGCAAGAGACUAGUUGAGGCUAAUGGAGAUUUUGGUUUACGUGAAGUGCAGCAAAUCCCGUUUCUCCCUCUCACCUGAUGGGCUCGCUGACUCCGGCGCCCAGCUUGGCUUCAAUUCCUUGUCGUCUUUGCCAGGAUUUUAGCACGUGGGGUUGGGUUAGAUUUGUGGUAGGAACAGGGACUUCAAAUCAUUUGCCAAAACGCAUCCCGACUCCCCUCGGCGUUGCUGUCUCGUGGCCUUUUCUGCCUCCUGAGUUUCAAACAGACAUUUCUUUGCCAGGUGGCUUUCGAGUCCGUUGGGCCCUUUGUCAGAUAGGAACUUUUCAGGCGUGCCAAAUGCUUCUGCUCCACCCUGAAAACCCCGCUUAGAACAGCAUUAGACAUGGACCCAGGUAGGGGUGCGAACCCGGUCCCAUUAGAUGCCUCCCCCCACCCCAUCUGCCCGCAGCCACUUGCAUUGCCUUAUAUCUGCUGUCUCCUAGGAUUUGGGUCAGAGUUUUACUGGGAGGAGCACGCACCCGAGGGUGACUUGACACCAGUGGGUUUAACUUUUUUAUAGCGAACACAUGCGGAAAACAAACCCACCCGCAGAUAGCGAGUGGAGUUUGUGAAGACCCGAGAACAGCGUUUCUCAUCUCACUGGGGGUUUUUUAAGACGUUUCAGUUGUUUCUUGGCUGGUUGUGUUCACUCCCUUAAAAACAAGACUCAAACGACGCAGGCACUUGGACUACGAAGUCUGGUUUUGUUUUCCCUUUGGAGGAGAAUGGGAGGUGCUUGGCCUUAGUUUUCUUCCUUUCCCCAAAGCACAGAUCUACGAAACAGCCAUUGGUUUUCCGUCGGGAGGGGAAAUCAAGGGCUUGUCUGCCCUUGCAAGGCUGCAGCAGGAGGGAUUUUCUGUAGACCCAGGCCUAAGACUCUGGGACCUGAUUGUAAUUGACACCAAAACCGGACAGAAAUCCGAGCGCUAUGCAGGCAGAGUGAAAGCACACCGUCGCAUGCGUCUGUUGGUACGCCUGUUCCCUUGUAGGAAGAGGAGACCUGUGUCUACAGGAGGGGUGGGACUGGUAUCGAAUCUGUAACUGACACAGGUAGAGUGAAAGCACACCGUCGCAUGCGUCUGUUGGUACGCCUGUUCCCUUGUAGGAAGAGGAGACCUGUGUCUACAGGAGGGGUGGGACUGGUAUCGAAUCUGUAACUGACACAGGUAGAGUGAAAGCACACCGUCGCAUGUGUCUGUUGGUACGCCUGUUCCCUUGUAGGAAGAGAGAUCUGUGUCUACAGGAGGGGUGGGACUGGUAUCGUAUCUGUAACUGACACAGGUAGAGUGGCAUAAAAUCAGGUCCGGAGGAUGCUUUGGGCUUUGACCCUGCUAAUUUCUGCGCGCUCUGGCCCUGAUCUAGCAAAGCACAAGUUGAAGUGUGUGAGUAAUCAGGAACAGUUGGGAAGAGCCCAUGCACAGACAAACCCUUAGUGACACGGGGAAUCUAGCUUUGAUUCAGGAAGGGUUUAAACAGCAGCAGGGGAGGGUGUCCUAGAUCAGGGCCCGACAGCAGAAAUGACUGCCGUUAGACUGGGAAAACACCUAUGUCUGUAUGGACCAGUCACUUGUGUCUGUUUCCUAGGGCAAACUACAAGUCCUUGGAAGACUGCAGUCCCUCCAGAUGUAUCCUCCCUAUCCUGACGUGUCUGAGCAGCACGCUAGACAUAGACGCUGUGAAUCUGAUAACAAACCAAACCACGCCCCCCCCCCCCAAAAAGAGUCGGUAGCAGCGUUCGGUCUGUAUUUAACGGUUCAGAUUUUCGUUUGCUGUAAUGUAACAAGGAGCUCUCUGGGCCCCACGUGGCAUUUUUAGUUUCUAUCCAGCAUGAAGGAUUUGAAGGUGAUAAACAAAUGUGAAUUUUUUUUUUUAGAAACUUUUUAUUUUCCUGCUGUGACUCUUUCAGGUGGAAGUGUACCGGGGUCGUCAUCCACUGUAACGAAUGUAUCAUUUUAAUAACAGGCUGCUUUGGGAGACAGUCUGCUGAACCUGGCGCUUUUUACGUUUGCUCUUGGUUUUAUCUACCUCAUUUAUUUUUUUUUAGUGCCGUUUGAAUCCAGCCUCCGAUUUCCCGAUGUUGCUUUAUUUCCACCCCUUGUCUUAUGGAUUCAAAGUGACAUUUGAUCUUCCGUUUUCUAAGUUAAUUAUUUGUGUAGCGAUCGCAUUUGCUCUCUUGAGUGGCAGACCCCCCCUGAAUUCAGCUGGAUGAAUGAAAAUACGAAUUAGUGCACAGUUGACCUGGGAUCUUUGGUGAAGCAUGUGAAAGCUGGAGCGCCGAUCCGCCUUUCAGUAGCAACGAUUUGAAAUGCUUGUUUUGUCAACAGAAACAACCCUCAUGAAUUAUUUGUGUCCCCAAUUAAGCCAUCAAAAUAAGCCAAGCCACUGGCAUUGUUCCGCGGGGCGUGAUUCUUAACGUCCCUUUAAGGUGUUUUCUUUAAAAGUCGUUAAAAUGAUGCAUUCUGGGCUGUUUUGUUUCUGAAACCCAGCAGUCUGUCUGUCCUUCAUUUUACACGUUCUUACUCUGUAAAGGUGAAAUGUUUGGUGAAAACUAUGUUAACCUGAAAUACAUUGGGAUUUUCGUUUUUUAA